CUUUGAAGGGUAAAGGGAAAACACUUGAGUAGGGUUUUUUCUUCCCAUCUAUCGCAGUUUUGAUAGGGAAUCUGCCUGGAAGAUUUUAGUACUUGACGUUAGUGGCGGUGUAGGAAACUGGUUUCUCUGAGGUCUAAUCAGAUUGGGAAUUUAUCCAUUUGAUUGGGUAAGCAAGGCAGACAAAUUAAAAAAAAAAAAAAAAGAAACAACUUUGGGUAUUUUUGUAUUUCACAGACCUGUUAACGAGCCCAGCUACCACCGAUGAAGAUGUGUUGUACUGAGUAGCUGCAGGACUUGAUCUUUACUGAUCCGAGACGGUCUUAUUUGUUCCACUUUUUUGUUUGUUUGUUUGUGUAUCCCGCUGCUUUGAGUUUUAUUGUAACGGCUGAGAAACGUGGGAAAUAAAAUAACAUGCUGUGGUCUUGAACCCUUCUUUUUGAGGAAAUACUAAAGUGCCAGAGUGAAAAGCCACAAUGGCAGCCAGAGAGAGGCUCUUUGAACUUUGGAUGCUUUAUUGUACGAAGAAAGAUCCAGAUUACCUGAGACUAUGGUUGGACAAUUUUGUUUUAAGUUAUGAACAGUUUUUAGAUGUUGACUUUGAAAAGCUGCCUACCAGGGUCGAUGAUGUGCCUCCAGGAAUAUCUCUGCUUCCUGAUAAUAUUCUGCAGGUUCUGAGGAUCCAGCUGCUACAUUGUGUUCAGAAAACAGCAGAUGGGUUAGAGGAACAACAGCAGGCCUUGUCAAUUCUGCUCGUCAAAUUCUUCAUUAUUCUUUGCAGGAAUUUAUCAAAUGUAGAAGAAAUUGGAACUUGCUCUUAUAUUAAUCAUGUCAUUACCAUGACAACACUGUAUAUUCAGCAAUUAAAAAGCAAAAAAAAGGAGAAGGAAAUGGCUGAUCAGACAUCUAUUGAAGAAUUUGUGAUCCAUGCAUUGGCAUUCUGUGAAAGUUUAUAUGAUCCGUAUAGGAAUUGGAGACAUAGGAUUUCAGGACGAAUCCUCAGUUCCGUGGAAAAGAGCAGACAGAAAUACAAACCGGCUUCUCUCACAGUGGAGUUUGUGCCUUUCUUUUACCAAUGUUUUCAGGAAAGUGAACAUCUCAAGGAAAGUCUUAAGUGUUGCUUAUUGCAUCUCUUUGGAGCCAUUGUAGCCGGUGGGCAGAGGAAUGCUUUGCAAGCAAUUUCUCCAGCUACCAUGGAGGUUCUCAUGCGAGUUUUGUCAGACUGUGAAUCAUGGGAAGAAGGAGGUCCUGAGGAAGUGGGUAGGAAGAGAGAACUAACUCUGAAGUGCCUCACACAAGUGAUCCACACCCUUCUUACUAGCAGUUCUGACCAGCGACAGGUGGAAACCAGUACCAUACUGGAGAACUAUUUUAAAUUGCUCAAUUCAGAUCAUUCAGCUUUACCUAAACAGAGGAGGACCAGGCAGUGGGAAAGCCAGUUCAUAGCUCUGCAGAUUAAGAUGCUCAAUACCAUCACAGCCAUGUUAGACUGUGCAGACAGGCCUGUUCUUCAGGCCAUUUUCCUUAACAGUAAUUGCUUUGAACAUCUCAUACGACUUCUACAGAACUGCAAGCUAUUUUUAAGUGCUCACAGUAUGGUGGCAGACAAGAACGAGAAAGACCUUGCCAACCAAUUACUGACAGAGAUAAGUGAGGACCAGGUAUUUCAGGGGCGGUUGGAUUGUUUGGCUGUAUCAACCAUUCAGGCUUUGACAGCAGUGAUGAAGAAUUCUCCAGCUGCUAAGGAAGUAUUUAAGGAAAGAAUUGGCUAUGUGCACAUGUUUGAGGUAUUAAAAUCUUUGGGUCAGCCAUCACUAGAGCUGCUUAGAGAACUUAUGAAUAUGGCUGUGGAGGGUGACCAUACUUCAGUUGGUAUUUUGGGCAUUAGUAAUGUCCAUCCUCUUUUGGUUCUUAUCCAAUGGCUUCCAGAGCUAGACUCCCAUGACCUACAAAUCUUCAUCUCUGACUGGCUGAAAAAAAUUUGUUGCAUUAAUAAACAGAGCCGAACUACAUGUGUGAAUGCAAACAUGGGAAUAAGAAUCAUCGAAACCCUUGAGUCCCAUUCUUCCCUGCAUCGAACUUGUGCUGAGGACUUGAUUGCAAUCCAUGGUUCCCUGGGGAGUCAGUCUGUGAGCUCGGAAGAAGUCCGGCGGCUGCUGCAGCUGCUGCGGGUGGAUGAAGCCGGGCUUGUUCACCCGUACACCAUCCCUGUGACUCGUGCAGUGCUAACGAUGGCCCGGAAACGCGGCCUGCAGAGUGCCCUGCAGUAUUUCAAUUUGUCACAUAGCAUGGCGGGAAUCUCUGUGCCUGCCGUGCAGAAAUGGCCUGGCUCUGCAUUUUCCUUCACUGCUUGGUUUUGCUUAGAUCAGGAUCAGUUAACCCUUGGCACUGCUAACAAAGGAGGAAAAAGAAAACAAUUAUAUAGCUUUUUUACAGGAAGUGGAAUGGGUUUUGAAGCUUUUAUUACCCACUCAGGUAUGUUGGUUGUGGCAGUGUGCACAAAAAGAGAAUAUGCAACAGUUAUGCUUCCUGACCACAGUUUCUGUGAUUCUCUCUGGCACAACAUAACCAUCGUUCACAUGCCUGGAAAAAGGCCCUUUGGUCAGAGUCUUGUCUAUAUCUAUGACAAUGGACAACAAAAGGUUUCUGCUCCUCUCAGAUUUCCUGCCAUGAAUGAGCCAUUUACUUCAUGUUGUAUUGGUUCAGCUGGGCAAAGAACCACUACUCCUCCACCAUCUCAAAUCCCAGAUCCACCAUUCUCUACUCCUGUUACCCCUCACCGGACAUCAUUUGGUGGAAUAUUGUCAUCAGCCUCCUGGGGAGGGACAACUGAAAAAUCAAAAUUAGUUACCAAAUUAAUUUCCGCUGGAACCCAAGAUAGUGAGUGGGGCUGUCCCACAUCCCUGGAGGGCCAGCUAGGGUCUGUUAUUGUAUUCCACGAAGCACUGCAGCCUCCGCAGGUCAAGGCUUUAUAUGUAGCAGGUCCAAAUUGCUUAAGCCCUUGGAAGUGUGAAGACUGUGAUAUGGCUGACCUGCCAAGUAGCAUCCUCCUUCAUUACACAGCAAAGGCUUGCAAAAAUUCAAUUUGCCUCGACUUGUCUACUAAUUAUUUGCAUGGAAGAUUAACAGGAAACAAAGUAGUUAAUUGGGACAUUAAGGAUAUCAUCAAUUGUAUAGGUGGGUUAAAUGUGCUUUUUCCUUUAUUGGAACAAAUAAGCCACUUUACUGAAGGACAGACUUCUGAAGGAAGGAGUGAAAACACAGUUCCUGAAUCUAUAACACCUAUUGAACAACAGUGUAUGGCAUUGGCCUCCACAAAGGCAUCAGAAUCAAGACUAGAGAAAAAUCUAGUUGCAACAUUUAUCUUGAUUGUGAAACACUUUAUUCAGAGACAUCCUAUCAACCAGGAUAAUCUUAUUCAGUCUCAUGGAGUUGCAACGCUUGGUGCCUUACUUCAGAAGGUGCCAGGUACCCUAAUGGAUGUUAAUGUUUUGGUGGCAAUUCAGUUACUAAUUGAACAGGUAUCAUUAGAAAAAAACUCACUGUUGCUUCAACAAAUGUAUCAGUAUUUACUCUUUGACUUCCGAAUUUGGAACCGUGGAGAUUUUCCUUUUCGAAUUGGCCAUAUACAGUAUCUUUCGACUAUCAUUAAAGACAGCAGGAGAGUUUUCCGGAAGAAGUACGGUGUGCAGUUUCUCCUAGAUACACUUAGGAUUUAUUAUGGGCAUGGUUGUACAUGUAACGAGCUGUCUCCGGAGGAUAUUCGGACGAUAAGGACUUCUUUGUAUGGACUGAUUAAAUAUUUUCUUUGUAAAGGUGGAACACAUGAAGAAAUACAAAGUAUCAUAGGUUAUAUAGCUGCUACUAAUGAAGAAGAACAGCUCUUUGGAAUUUUGGAUAUACUCUUCAGUCUCCUACGGACCAGCCCAACUAGAGGUCAGCUUUUCUUACUGAUGUUUGAACCAGGAAAUGCUGACAUACUGUAUGCCUUGCUGUUAAAUCAGAAGUACUCUGACAAACUAAGAGAGAUCAUUUUUAAGGUCAUGGAACAAAUGUUAAAAUGCACCAAUGUUUAUGAGCGUAGUAAACAGCGCAUCCGUCUUAGAGAAGUUGGCUAUUCAGGAAUUGGACUCCUCCUUAAUGAAGCUCCAGUUAAUACGUCUCUCAUCAAAAACCUUGUCAAUCAAAUCAUUAAUACAGAUCCUGUUAUUAAUUUCAAAGAUCUGUUAUCUGUAGUAUAUAUCUCUCACAGAACACAUGUAAAUGUCAGAGUGGUCCUCUGUAGAAAGAUAUUACAGAUUUUGCAGUCUCAGCCAGAUGCAGCAUACCAGGUAUCACAACAAGUGGGUUGGCAAGACACCUUUGUUAGACUUUUCUUAAAAGCAAACUUUGAAAAUGUGAAUUUUCUUCAUAAACAUGGAAAGUCUGUUUCAGUGAAAGAAAAUAAAAAUAUGUCAACUGAAAAGCUCGAUGAUGAAAAAAUGGCACUGGCUGAUGUAUCUUCAGAUCAUUGGAGUUUAGAAGAUGGUCAGUCCCUGAGCUCAAACACACCGUUAUUUCAAGAAGAUAGCUCUGAGGGAGAAUUAUCUUUCAAGUCAGAGAAUCAGGAAGAAUUCUGGCAUAGUAACACAUCCCAUCUGAGUUUAGAUCUCAGUGGGAUGGACUCAUGCGAACUGAGUGAGAGUGGAAGUCAGGUGCUGGACAGCUCACCCAGCACCCCUUCCCCAGUAGAGUCUGCUAAGUCAUUCUCCGUGCGGUCUGACAAAGAAAGAAGCAUCUCAGAGGAAGUGGACUUCAGUGAUGACUUCUCUUUCCUUGAACGCCAAGAGGGAUGUGAAGAGGAGCUUCUUGAGUUGCUUACAGAUAUUUUGAAUUAUGUCAUGUGUAGAGGACUAGAAAAGUCUGAUGAAGACACUUGGAUUGAACGAGGACAAGUGUUUUCAGCAUUAGCCAAACCAGGAAUAUCCAGUGAGCUACUUCGACCAUCAGAUGAAGUGAAACUAACCUUGCUACAGAAGAUGUUAGAAUGGGCAGUCACAGAAAACAGAGAUGCCAAAAGUAGUCCUGUAACUGCUGAAAAUGCCUUCCGACUCAUGCUGAUCAUACAGGACUUUCUGCAGUCAGAAGGACUGGUUAAUUCAAACAUGUGGACUGAGAAGCUUUUAGAAGAUGCCAUGCAGCUUCUUGACUACCUGUCCGUUUGGUAUUCUGAGAAUCCAGGAUGGGUAAAACUCUCCCAGAUACAGAUCCAGUUGCUUCUAGAAUUCGUUGGAAGAGGCAGUUUGCAGGUUUGUGCAAUGGCAUCAGCAAAGCUAAAUGCUCUUCUUCAGACCAAAGUGAUUGAAAAUCAAGAUGAAGCAUGCUAUAUUUUAGGGAAACUAGAACAUAUUCUAAGUCGAUCAAUCAAGGAACAGACAGAAACCUAUUCAUUUCUGAUUCCUCUUUUCCGUACUCUGGUUUCUAAAAUUUAUGAGCUGCUUUUCAUGAACUUGCACCUGCCUUCUUUGCCUUUUACUGAAGGAAGUGCUUCAUUUUUUGAAGAUUUUCAAGAAUACUGCAAUUCAAAAGAAUGGCAGGUUUACAUCGAAAAAUAUAUUAUACCUUACAUGAAGCAGUAUGAAACACAUACAUUCUAUGAUGGUCAUGAGAACAUGGCACUUUACUGGAAGAAUUGCUACGAAGCCUUAAUGGUGAAUAUGCAUAAAAGAGACCGAGAGGGAGGAGAAAGUAAGCUGAGAUUUCAGGAGUAUUUUGUGGAACCAUUUAAUCGAAAAGCACGUCAAGAGAACUUGAGGUACAAUAAUAUGAUCAAACAACUUAGCAGUCAACAGUUGGCCACGUUUAGACGCUGGAAGGCAAUUCGUCUCUAUCUGACAUGUGAAAGGGGGCCUUGGGCUGAAAGGAAACGGAAUCGAGUUCACUGGAAACUAGCUAAUGUAGAAAAUUAUUCCCGCAUGAGACUUAAACUGGUACCAAAUUACAAUUUCAAAACCCAUGAGGAAGCUAGUGCCUUACGAGAUAAUUUAGGUGUCCAACACUUGCAGCCCUCCAGUGACUCUCCUUUGCUUUUGGAAGCAGCGAGACAAGUUAGACUUGACGAUAUGGAGGAGGAUGAACUAGAGCUUCUGGAAGAGGACAUGGCAGCCAGAGGAGACACUGACGAGAAGGACGAGCAGGAUCAAAGGGAAAAAUUGGUGUUGGCUGAAGACUGUGAGCUCAUUACAGUAAUUGACAUAAUUCCGGGCAGAUUAGAAAUCACUACUCAGCACAUUUACUUCCAUGAUAACAGUAUUGAAAAAGAAGAUGGAACAGGCUUUGAUUUCAAGUGGCCUCAUUCUCAAAUUCGAGAGAUUCACUUACGUCGUUACAACUUAAGGAGAUCAGCACUUGAGAUAUUCCAUAUUGAUCAAUCCAACUACUUUCUCAAUUUCAAAAAAGAGGUUAGAAACAAGGUGUACAGCAGACUGUUGUCACUUCAUUCUCCUAAUAGCUAUGGAACAAGAUCGCCCCAGGAGUUAUUCAAGGCAUCGGGAUUGACACAGAAAUGGGUGAAUCGAGAGAUAACAAACUUUGACUACCUCAUUCAAAUAAAUACAAUGGCAGGAAGGACCUAUAAUGACCUUGCACAGUACCCUGUGUUUCCCUGGAUUUUGCAAGAUUAUACUUCAGAAGAGUUGGACCUUAAUAACCCCACUGUAUUUCGAGAUCUUUCUAAACCAAUUGGAGUAGUUAAUGAAAAAAAUGCCAAAGCUAUGCGAGAAAAGUAUGAGACUUUUGAGGAUCCAAUGGGAACAAUUGAUAAGUUUCAUUACGGUACUCAUUAUUCAAAUGCUGCGGGUGUGAUGCACUAUCUUAUCCGUGUGGAACCGUUUACUGCCCUCCACAUCCAGCUUCAGAGUGGAAGGUUUGACUGUGCAGACCGGCAGUUCCAUUCUAUCCCUGCUACCUGGCAAGCUCUUAUGGAUAAUACAUAUGAUGUAAAAGAACUUAUUCCUGAAUUCUUCUAUUUCCCUGAGUUUUUAGAAAAUCAAAAUGAAUUUAAUUUGGGUCACCUCCAAGUUUCCCAAGAAGUGGUAAAUGAUGUCAUUCUUCCAAGAUGGGCUAAGUCAGCUGAAGAUUUCAUUUAUAAACACAGGAAAGCUCUGGAGUCUGAGUAUGUUUCUGCUCAUCUUCAUGAAUGGAUAGACCUGAUUUUUGGCUACAAACAGAGAGGACCAGCUGCUGUGGAAGCACUCAAUGUCUUCUAUUACUGCAGUUAUGAAGGUGCUGUAGAUCUUGAUGCCUUAACAGAUGAAAAGGAAAGAAAAGCCUUAGAAGGGAUGAUUAAUAAUUUUGGGCAAACACCUUGUCAGCUGUUAAAGGAACCACACCCUCCAAGAUUAUCAGCAGAAGAAGCCAUACAAAAGCAGACCAAAACAGAAGUCGAAGCCCUAAACCUCUUCCAGCACCUCCCUGAACUGAAGUCAUUUUUUAUAGAGGGAAUUAGUGAUGGUGUUCCUCUAUUAAAGGCUAUCAUCCCUAAAAAUCAGUCUCGUUCUUUUAUGUCUCAAGGCAGCCCUGAGUUACUGGUAACAAUAAGCAUGAAUUAUGUUAUUGGAACCCAUGGAUGGCUACCUUAUGACAGAAACAUUUCUAACUACUUCACAUUCAUCAAGGAUCAGACUGUGACUAACCCAAAAGCUCAGCGAACUGUGAAUGGUCCUUUUGCUCCAGGGCUGGAAAUUACUUCCAAACUUUUUGUGGUGUCACAUGAUGCAAAGUUGCUCUUCACUGCUGGACACUGGGAUAAUAGUAUCCAAGUAAUGUCACUUACCAAAGGCAAAAUUGUCUCACAUAACAUCCGACAUAUAGAUAUUGUGACUUGCUUAGCUACAGAUUACUGUGGAAUACACUUGAUUUCUGGUUCUAGGGACACUACAUGUAUGAUAUGGCAAAUAACACAACAGGGAGGCUCUCCUGUGGGCUUAGCAUCUAAGCCUUUUCAGAUCCUUUAUGGACACACUGAUGAGAUACUGAGUGUGGGCAUCAGCACUGAGCUCGACAUGGCAGUGUCAGGGUCAAGGGACGGCACUGUGAUUGUACAUACCAUUCAGAAAGGUCAGUACAUGAGGACUUUACGACCGCCUUGUGAGAGUUCCCUGUUCCUGACCAUUCCCGGUUUGGCCAUAUCUUGGGAAGGACACAUUGUCAUCUAUUCCAGCUUGGAAGAAAAGUCCACCCUCAAGGAUAAGAACAUGUUACAUGUGUUUUCUGUAAAUGGAAAGUAUCUGGGAUCUCAAGUCCUGAAUGAGCAAAUAUCAGACAUGUGCAUAAUUGGAGAACAUGUUAUCACUGGCAGCUUACAAGGGCUUCUGUCUAUAAGAGAGCUUCACGGUUUGAAUCUCAGCGUCACCCCAUUAGCCAUGCGACUACCUAUCCACUGUGUUUCUGUAACCAAAGAGUACAGCCACAUUCUUGUAGGCUUGGAAGAUGGCAAAUUGAUUGUAGUGGGUGUUGGCAAGCCAGCCGAGAUGCGUUCGGGUCAGCUUUCUCGAAAACUGUGGGGAUCUAGCAAGCGGCUCAGCCAGAUUUCAGCUGGAGAAACCGAAUAUAAUACUCAAGAUCUGAAGUGAUUGUUCUUUCCACCUUGUGUGAUGGAGAACGGGCUUCAUUUACUGCCUUGUCACUUUAGCUACAUCUCUCUACUCUCUGAAGUCUAAAGCGUUUUAUCCUAAAAAUAAUUAAGGGUCACCACAGUUUGAUAUCUGUGAAGGUGGAGGUGGAGCUGGACUUUAUGGCACAUGCCUGUAAUGCUAACCUUUGAGAGGCUGAGGCAGGUGGAUCUUAAGUUCAAGGACAGCUUAGGCUACAUAGCAAGGCUUGUCCCAAAAAUUCAGUAAGUCAAUAAAGAAUAGAAAUAAAGUUGUAGAUUGUACUAAAGCCGUUUUAAAGUUUCAUCAACAAUAAAUCAAGUUUUGUUGACCAGGAGUGAAAUUGAAUGGAGAAAAUAUAUUUGAUUCCAUUUGGUAACCCAUUCCUAAAUCAUUAAAUCCAUUUUUAACAACAGACUUCUAAUAUUAUAUAUUUAGAUUGAAUUCCCUUAAUCUAAAUAGCAAAAUUUAAGACAUUUCCAGUAAAGUAGUGUAGAUAAUGGAGAGUUGAGAGAUGUGGCAUUUCAUGUAUUCUAUAGAUAAUCAUUUUACUGUUUACUUGCCGUGAUGUUAAAAACAUAACCUUUUAGACACUUGUUGUACAAUUGAGUUUUCAAAAGUUGCAGGUCUGCACAAUUGGAUUAAAUUUAAAUACUGAAAUAGUACAUUGGUUUAUUUCCCUACCCCUACUAUUUAAUAUAUUACUAAUAAAAUGUAUUUAAUUGCAUUAUUAUCCUUAAGUAACAGAAAUUGAACAGGAAAAAGAAAAACUAGCAAUAAUUUUUACAAAUGUAUUUCAUUAAUAGUUUGUUUAAGCAAAAAUGAUAAUUGUGGCUUUGGCCAGCCAGUCCUUUGAGUAACAUUUGGAGCACAAUUGACUUCUGUGAAAUUCAAUAUUUUGUAAAUUUGUCUUUGUUAAGCAAAAACUGUGCUCUCUUAGUAGUUAAUCACUUUUACCCUGAUGAUCAUGAGUUGUCAGUAAUGUUCUAAAAGGUCAUAAAAAAUGGAGUGGUACUUCAUAAUCCAGAGUAGUCAUGUAGGUAAAGUAAGUUUUUUACUGUUUGUUAUAUAACACUGUUAGGAUGAGAGCUCAUUGUAUUAUAGUUUGUUAAAUAGUACAUUAUAUUUAAUGUUUUAAGUAAAAAAGCUGACUGAUUUAAUUUGGAAUUCUAAGUAAUUGUUAUUUGUUUUUGUAAAAAUUGACUUUGGAGUUAGGUCAGAGAAGUUUUGCAACUUACCAGUGUAGGUAAUCUGAGAUUUCACAGGCUUUGAGGAGAUUUGUGAAUCUCUGAAGUUGUACAGAAAUGUAUAUGUUGAGGCUGUUUUCAGGAGAGACUACUGCAUGGCUUUUUCAAGUGCUCUAUGGACAACAACAAAUGACUUUACAAUGGCAGCCUUUCGGGAUUCUGUUCUUUUAUUCUGCUGCUCAUACAUUUCCUUAUACCUAACUGUCUUGGCAGUUGAAUCCUGAAGAAAGUUUGAUUUUCUCUUUCCUGUUGACCAUAAUAUCCGUGAUCUUUUUUCUUUAUACUCCCAUAAAUAAGUUUUUUAAAAAAUUUAGAUAUAAGAGAUUAUGUUUAGAAAAAUUUCCAAUAUUUUGAUUUCUUGUGGGUCAGGAUUAGUAAAACACUGCAAAAUCAUUUUCUCUUUAAUCAGUUAAAAUUGUCUGAUUCAGGAAAAAGUAGCUGUGUUUUAGACAAAUAACACUAAAAUUAACUGGUACAAAAUAGAGUUUGUGUAAAUAUAAAUAUUUCCUUUUCGAAAGACUUGAGAAUUUGUUGGGAGUCUCACAAAUCAGUAGAGGGGGUUAUGGUAUAUGAAACAUCUCUUCUUUUUGUUUCCCUCCCCCACACUCAGGUUCGACAGCCAUGGUGCCAUCGGGGGCCAUCUGUUCUCCAUAAACAUUUUAAGGGAGUCCAAGUCAGAACCUAUAUGAUUGGGUGGUUGUUUUUUUUUUUUCUU